AUGGAGAAAUACCCAGAGCAGGUCGCCAUCUCUGCUGGCAGCACUACAUCGAAAAGCGAGGAUGACUCUCGUGGGACUGUGGACUGGACACCCGAAGAAGAGAAGAAACUCGUCAGAAAACUUGACUUUACCGUCCUACCACUAUUGACUAUGGUCUUCUUUGCUCUUCAACUAGACAGAGGAAACAUCGGAAGCGCCCUGAACGACAACUUCCUCAAAGAUGCAGGUAUCACGCAGUACCAAUACAAUAUAGGUCAACAACUGCUGUCCGCUGGUAUUGUGAUACUCGAAAUUCCCAGUAACCUCUUGCUCUACCGCUUUGGUCCUCGUAUCUGGAUCUCUAGUCAAAUCUUUGCUUGGGGCUUGGUAGCCACUUUCCAGGCUUUCCAACAUGGACUAGGUGCCUUUUUGUCAACGAGACUGUUGCUGGGACUUUGCGAAGCAGGAUUUAUUCCUGGUGGACUCUACACUCUGAGUCUCUACUACAAAAAGGAGGAAACAAGUAAGCGCUUCGCCAUCUAUUUCUUUGGCAACAAUUUUGCUAGUGCAUGUACUGGGCUAUUGGCAUAUGGCAUCCUUCACAUGCGUGGCAUAGCAGGUCUAGCGGGAUGGCGCUGGAUGUUCCUCAUCGAAGGCAUCUUCACCAUCCUCUGCGGCGCCAUCUUCCUCCUCUGUAUCCCCCUCGGCCCCCAAAACCCUAGCACUGUAUUUGGCUACCGCUACUUUACCGAGCGCGAAGAAUACAUCCUCCGUCAACGCGUCCUCCUCGACGACCCAAGUAAAGAGAAAAAGUCACAUUCAAUCUCCAAAAAAGAGCUGCUAAGUGUACUCGGCAACUGGAAAAUAUACCCCCACGUACUCAUAAGUCUCUGCGGCAUCGCCCCCGCCACGACGAUGAGUUCCUACGCCCCCUCUCUGGUCAAGAAUUUCGGCUACGAUAGAUUGAAAGCUACUGCCAUGGUUUCCGUGGGCCCUUGGAUUCAAAUAUUUCUCAACUAUGCUUCUGGCUAUCUUUCCGACAAGACGAAUCGCAGAGGCCAUGUCAAUCUGGGAGGCUUGCUUAUGUGGUGGGGCUUCUGUUUAGGGAGCUUGAUACUGGCGGAUUCGAAGCAAAAGGAGGCAAAGUAUGCCAUGUUGGUGUUGGCGAUGGCUUCGAGUACGAUUUGGCAUCCGGUGAAUGGAAGUUGGCUUUCUACGAAUGCGAGGUCGCCUGCUGAGAGGUCUAUCACUAUGGCUAUGUUUGUCUCAGCCGCCAAUCUCGGGGGUAUCAUCGGCGGUCAACUUUUCCAAGCCGAGGAUGCUCCACAUUAUAAAAAGGGGUGGACGGCAAUUGUCUGUUUGAUCUCGGUCUCUAUUGCUGCAAACUUGUUUGCAAAUACGCAAUAUCGUGUUUUGAAUCGUAGAGCGGAGAAGAAGAAGCAACAAAAUGGUACUCUGGAGGAGAAGGAUGGGGUCGAGGGAAUGAGAGUGACUUGGGAUCUGUAG